CUAGUAGCUUUCUGCAGUAUAAUUAUUGCGUGUCAAACAAGUAGACGGUUCCUCUCCCGAGUGUCUUGCUACUCUCGCCAGAAGAAAUGGUGCUCGAGAACGCCAACAAUGGCGAAAGCAACCAGAGCUCGGAGACAGAACUUCGGAGCCCUAGCAACGGAGAGACCUUCGGUGCUGACCAAACGCAGCGCUUCACGGAAGAGAUCGACAGUACUUGCUCUACUCCUUACGUUAGUGCACCAUCCAGUCCUGGACGCGGUCCCAAUGGCUACUUCUACAGCGCGCCUGCGAGUCCAAUGCAUUUUGUUCUGUCCUCUGCUCCUGCUUCUUCCUCUGCCUCUGCUUUCAUCUCUGCCUCGACUGACCUUUCUGUCUCUGGAUCUUUUGAGUUCGAAUUCUCUGCGAGGUUUCCUUCUAAUGCUUCUACCACCGCUGGAUCCAUGAUUUCUGCGGAUGAGCUGUUCUUGAACGGCCAGAUCCGGCCGAUGAAGCUGUCUUCUCACUUGCAGAGGCCUCAGAUCUUAUCUCCGCUGCUGGAUCUUGAAGUCGAAGACGAGGAUGAGGAAGGUAAGGUUUCGAGAGAAACAGAGUUCGAGAAACGCGAGGAGUCGUUGACGAGAGGGAGAGAUCUGAGGUUACGCAGUGGAUCUCUGCACAGGAGGGCUAGAUCUCUGUCUCCUUUGAGAAAUACACCGUUCCAGUGGCACGAAGAGGAAGAAUAUCAGGAAGUACGACAUGCCGGCGAGCUUCAUCCUCUAGACCUGGAGGAUUCUGAGAAUAAACAGGCCGAAACUCCAUCGACGGGAACCACGCCUUCCGUUUCUGCUUCUUCGUCCAGGUCGUCCUCUUCCGGAAGGAGCUCGAAGAGAUGGGUCUUUUUGAAGGACUUCCUCUACCGAAGUAAAAGCGAAGGGAGAGGGAACAGUAAAGAGAAGUUCUGGUCUUCGAUUUCCUUCUCUCCUGCUAAAGAGAAGAAGUCUUCAUCAACAUCUCUCCCCUUCUCUUCCUCGAAGGAGAAGAAAUCUUCCGCGGCGCCUACAACGGCAGAGGCACAGAAACCGAAGCGGAGUCAACAGGUUUCCGCGAAGAAAACUGCUGCGGGUAAACCAGCCAAUGGCGUCGGCAAGCGUCGGAUUCCCCCGUCAGCUCAUGAGCUGCAUUAUACGGCAAAUAGAGCUCAGGCGGAGGAGAUGAGGAAGAAAACGUUCUUGCCGUACAGACAAGGACUGCUGGGGUGUCUAGGGUUUAGUUCCAAGAGCUACGGUGCUAUGAACGGAUUUGCCAGGACUCUGAAUGCAGUCUCUUCCAGGUAAACUUAUUUCAGGGUUAGAAGACGAGGUCGAGAUAUUCUGUAUAGUUUUCUUUUACCCCUUUUUUUUGAAGGAUUCUAUUUAUCUCUAUAAUUUUGAUGGGUUUUCUCUUUUCUUAAAAGAGAAGUGUUCAUGAAAGAACUAGCUUCUGCAAAAUGAUGAAAUUAUGGAGUUUUUAAAUCCCCAAUCUCCUUGAAAAGCAGGCCCAUUAAUCUACAGAUUUCAUUUCCCCUACAGUCCACUGUUACCAUUUGAAUUGUAUCUUCAAGGGAAAACAUAUAUAGUAGAAUUCCAUUUUCUCCUAUGUUUGGAGUUGCUAUUUA